GCUAAACAGACAUUAGACAUGAUAUUGAUCAGUGGGCGAAGAAGAUGGUUUCUUUUGUCAUUGAAAAAAAGAUACGCAGAUGGACAAGCUCAAGCCAAGCGUCUUUCAAAAAGUAUUACGAAAGAAAGUGGCAAUCUGAGGAAGCUUUUAAAAAAAUACAACUCGUCAAUUGAGAUUUUAAAGCAAAAUGGUUACGAGCAAUUUCCAUUUCUUUGUUGGGAAGACGCUAGUGACGUAGACAGUCACAUAUACGCAAUCAAUGCACCAAACGAAGACACCAUUCCAGUCACCAUCAAACGAGCAGCAAUUGAUGCGCGUGCAAUGAUCGAACGAUGUACUGAAGAACAAGAGAUCCUUGCACAGGAAAUGGCGAGCUGUGUAAAAGAUUUUCAUAAUAGCCAUUUGGAACAGCUAGAGAAUAACGAUUUAUUUCCAUCCUCGUAUAUGAUGAAGGGGUCGUACGCCUUGCACAAAAAAGAGCUUGAUAUUGAGCGCUUAAAUUUGUUUGUUGCGUGUAAUCUUUUUGACGGAUCGAUAUCCAUAAGUGACGAGGCAAAGCAGUACUUAAGUGAGUGUUGUAGCGGAACUAAUUUUGUCCCUGAAGAGUACGACACAGACAACGAUGAUGAUUAUUACGACGAUGAAAUGGACGAUGAGACUGCAGAAGAGGAUAGUUAUUCUAACUGAAACAUUGCUCACCAAUAGACCUCCUUAGCUUGGUAUGCUUUUUUUUGGUCUCUUUGUCAUUCUA